CAUGGCUGGCUCUGUCGGGCCGUGGAAGCCCACAUCCCGGUUCUCUGCGGGCCAGGAGGCCAUGCCCCAUGGGCGCAAUGGACCGCCGACCGUGCCCUUGCACGCUGUACGAUGAGCUCGGAGGCUAAGCGACGUCUCGCAGCGUGUGCGAACGAGUCACCCCCCACGCUGGCGAUGUGGUAUCAGCCCAGCAUCCGAUGA